UUGACACAAUUUGCUUCCGCUCUUCGUGGAUUCAGGUUGUAACGUUCUUAUUUCAAAAUGGCCGCUCUCAAGACUCUCCUUAUCCUGGCAGUACUAGCCAUAGUCCUCUACAGCACAGCCGCUGAGUGGGUGCAACCGUGUGACCAGGUGUGCAACCGCAUCCCACCGGAGAGGGACGAAUGCUGCCGCGCGCACGGGAAAGGCCGCGCCUUCUGCUGGCGGGGCAUGAUGUGGUGCAACGACCCUUAGGCCUUAUCUAAUGAGGGACUCAAGUUGACCUUUUAACAUAAUGUUGUGUUAAGAUGUAUAUGAGUUAUUAAAAUAUUGUUACUAA